AUGACCACACUAAACAGGAUAGAUGAGAAUUCAUCAAAAAGGAGAGUGUACAUGCUUCGAAAAAGCUACUUCCAGAAGAACUUAGUUCAGAUGAUUAGUGUGUUAGGUUUUAUUCUCAUAGUCUUGCCCCAUAUUAAGUACGGUACCUCGUUACUGGUGGUUUUCAUACGGUAUAGCAUACAAGUCCUCUUGACGAAACCAUUCCCAGAUGAUGAGCAACUUCUGCUGAUGGCUCGUCGUAUACAAUGGAGGACCAAUCAUGGGAGACACGGGGAAAACGCGAAUACUGGAGAAAGUACCGAUGAUCAAUUGAGUUGGAUACCCGGUGCUUUCCAAUCUACCUCAACCAAUGUGGCUACUGUUACCGAAGCUAUGGAGCAACAAACUGUAAUUGCCAGUAAGAAGUCUAUUCGGACGGUACUAUUCCACUCGUCCUUGACCCUUAAUAUCAUAUUUUUGGUCUGGGCACUGUUCCAUCCAACCGAUUUUGCCGGUAAACUAGACGGCAAGAUACCAACAGAAAGGGGUUUCAAUAAUGCAGCAUCUCCAUUUUACAGUCAACGAGGUUUGCUCGAAGGUGAGUUCAGGGGCUCGUUUCUAUUGCAUCUAAUCGGGAACCCUCUACCGACAAACAACAUAACGAGCAAUCUUGGAAUUCUCUUCUACAACUUGCUCAUACUAAUGGCACAAUUCACUUUAUUCACAUUAACAUGCAUAAAUUUCAGCGGCAUUGACUACAAGGAACCUUUUGAUGAUCGAUCUCUGGUAAGUGAUGGCUAUGACGGAACUGUCUUUGUUAUCGGAAUAGAUCAUACAAACGCCAUCAACAUUAUGCUGCGCCCCAGAAACGAAAUUGAGGACCGUUGA